AUGUCACCGAAACUGAAACGCAAGUCCAAGGCCCAUCGGAAAAUCAGCCCUGGCCCAAUACUUUCUCCGGAAGGUAUUCCUUAUGACUAUAUCGUCGUGAUUGACGCCGGAUCACAUGGAUCACGUGUACACGUGUAUAAUUGGCUAAAUCCCCACCAUGCUCUAAAUGCUGGAACGAAUAUCGGUGGUGCAGCCAGAGUGAAUUUAGUCCGAAGACUCUUUGCAGAUGAGGGUGAGCGGAGCAGGCUCCUAACAGAUGAAGACUCUGACUCCGAAUCAGACACAGAAAGAGAAAACGACAAUAAGCGUAAGACUGUUCGCUUUCCCUUUGUGCACAAAGGCAAGAAAUGGCACCGGUCCAUCAAACCGGGGCUUUCAUCAUUCAACCAGAGUCCCCAGAAGGUGGGCAAACAUCACCUCAAUUAUUUGCUCAAUCUUGCCGGGUCGGUGGUACCCAAAUCCGAGCAUUAUCGAACGCCCAUUUUUGUUCAUGCCACAGCGGGGAUGCGCCUACUUCCACCCAACGAGCAGGAGCCAAUCCUAGAGAAUGUAUGUCAGUACUUGAUCCAGAGCUCGGACUUUUUCAUGCCAGACUGCAAAUCUCACGUGAAUAUUGUAGAUGGAAACAUAGAAGGGCUAUAUGGAUGGCUUUCUAUCAACUCAUUAGUGGGAUCUUUCGAUUGGCCCGAGGAGCACCAGCAUGGCAAAGAUCAUACCACGUAUGGUCUCUUGGACAUGGGCGGAGCAUCGACGCAAGUCGUGUUUCAACCCAACAAGACGGAAAUUGAAGAACACAACAACAAUUUGUAUAAAGUCUCUCUUUACACCCUUCCGCAGCUCCAAAACGUCACUGAGCCAGUUGACGCCAUAUCGAAUAAUCAAUAUGCUCCUCCAGAAUUGACAGAGUCAAGCGUGUACUCGGAUUCAUUUUUGGGAUUUGGAAUGUUCCAAGCGCAUCACAGGUACCUCAAACUUCUUCUUGAGGACUUCAGAAAGGAGAAUGAUUUCCCAGAAGAUGCAUAUCGGUUCCGUACCCCAAUAUCGGAUCCGUGCUUGCCUAAAGGAUAUACUUUCACUGGCCUAAUAGAUGACCACUACAUCGACUUCACGGGAAGAAGUGACUUUCAGGAGUGCAUGAAUUCCAUUUUUCCUGUUCUCGCUAAUAACACCUAUACACUGGGCAAGUCGAAAUAUAGUGGGAAUUGCCAGCAGUUAGGGGAAGAAAGCAAAGUGAGCUCCUGCUUACUAAGUGAUAUGAUACCCUCUUUUGACUUUGAUAUCAAUCACUUCAUAGGUGUGAGUGGGUAUUGGGAUAUUGUCAACAGCUUGCUUACAUCGCAAAGUCUCCUGAAUGAGGAUUCGCAGACUGAAAAGUAUGACUAUAGUGUCAUAUACAAGAAAACCCAGCAAAUUUGCUACAGCCCUUUGACUGACCUCUUGGAAAUGAAUAGUAUAAGAGAUCCCAAGGCCAAAAUCAAGGAAGAGGACUUGGCUGAGCUUUGCUUCAAAGCAUCUUGGAUUUUAAAUUUCUUACAUGUUGGAUUAGGUUUUCCUCGGUUUGGUAUCAAUGAAAUCCCCAAUAAAAAUGACAAAUUCAAAUCUUUGCAACUAAUGGACAAGUUGGGUGGGUCUUCGUUUUCGUGGACACUAGGAAGAGCGAUUCUAUACGCCAAUGAUGAGUACACACAGGCAUUCAACAAUUACUCUAAGCGCUUGGACUCCCUGGCUGUCGAAUUACCCAGGCCCGGAUACGUUUUCACGGCGGCUGAAGGGACAUUUAUCUAUGGUGCGGAAGCUGAGCACGUGUCGAAACGCCCUAUGUAUUCCGAAGCUCCAGCUGACGCCAAAUAUCCUCAGUAUGACUAUGAGACCUAUAACAAAGAACCUCAUGAGCUGAAGUGGACCGUUCAACCGCAUCGAAUCUAUGGGCUUGGUCGCCUGCUAUUACGGGAGAGGCUUGCCUCAAAGUACGGCUCUGCCAAGGCGAAAAUAGCAAGAUUGUUUGGGAGGGGCCAAAACACGUACGGAAGGCUCAACGAUACAGAACCUAUUGAAAUGACUCUGGUGCAGGCGCAAAAUCUUGGGAAUAGAGAUGUGUUUCGAAUCGAGGAAGAGAUGACAUGA